GUUAAAACGUCAACGUCAAUGUUUCUGUACUUUUUUAUUUGUAGACUGUAGUAUCAUUUUUUUCCGAACUUAACCGGUUUCAUAUUUACGGAUUGGUUUCGGAAAAAUUGAAUUAUAAAAAUGAGUAUCACAGCCAGAGCUUUACAUUAUGUCUUCAAAGUUGGGGAUAGAGCAAAAAAUGCCCACUUCUUUAGGACCAUUUUAGGAAUGCAGGUAUUAAGACAUGAGGAGUUUAAAGAAGGAUGUGAUGCUCAAUGUAACGGUCCUUACGAUAAUCGCUGGAGCAAAACAAUGAUUGGAUACGGACCAGAAUCAUCUCAUUUUGUUAUUGAAUUAACUUACAAUUAUGGAGUUAAAUCCUAUGAAUUAGGAAAUGAUUUUGGAGGAAUCACAAUACAAUCAAAAGAAGUACUCCAAAGAGCUGAAGAAAAUAAUUAUCCAGUGAAUAAUGAAAAUAAUAAAAAAGUUUUAAUAUCACCGGAUGGUUACAAAUUUUUUAUAGUUGAUGAACCUCAACCAAAAAAUAAAGAUCCUGUAUUACAUGUUACAUUACACUCAUCUAAUCUUAUACACUCAAGAGAAUAUUGGCAUGAUAUAUUAAAUAUGAAAAUUUUAAAAGAAGAAGAUAAAUCAAUUUUAUUAAGUUAUGGUGAAAAUCAAGCUGGACUUAAUAUUAAAGAAAUAUCUGAUCCGUUAAAUAGGGCUAAAGCAUAUGGAAGAAUUGCUUUUGCGGUGGCAUAUGAUCUUCAACCGAAAAUUGAUGAAAUUAUAAAAUCAAAAAAUAAAACUAUUUUGACUCCAUUGAUUACAUUAGAUACACCAGGUAAAGCUACAGUACGUGUUAUCAUUUUAGCUGAUCCUGACGGUCAUGAAAUAUGUUUUGUUGAUGAUGAGGGUUUCUCAGAGUUGUCAAAAGUUGAUCCAGAUAGUAAUAAAUCUUUAGAUAAAUAUAUUGGAAAAGAUCCAUUUCAAGAUAAAGAAUAAUUUGAAAAUGUGAUAAAAUAAAUUAAUGACUUUUUUAUACUGGUGGAGGGCUUUGUAUUUACAUACAUAUGUACAUAAUCAUUAUAUAAUAAUUUUUUGAAAUAAUUUUUAAAUAUGUUAAAUAUGCCGACGUAUAAUAUAUACAAAUUAAAAUUAUUAAUGUUAUAAAAAACAAUUUGGAUAUUAUUUUAA